CAGCAUCUUCCUACUGCAAAGAGGAACGGGAGUUACUGGCUUUCCAACCAUAAGUAGUUUGCUACAAAUACAGAAGGAGAGAUAUUAGGCUUCUGUUUUCGGCCAGACUAUCCCUAAUGGAAUGGUGAACUAAAGAUCCAUUUUCUGGGAUGGAAGCUCUGAGGACUGUCAGUCAAACAGCCUACUUUCCAGGCCCUGCACAGUCUCAUAGUGAGUGGCCCCUGUGGAUAGUUGUGUAACUUCUACAUUCUAAUGUAAACCCUUGAUCCUGAUGUGGCUUUCCAGAGUUCAUCCCAGGCCAUUUGAAAAUGCAGUGACCUCUGAGCAUUUCAGGAUUUGCUGGAGGAGUCUGGACCUAAGGUGUGAUUAAUGUGUUUCAGAACCUACACUCCUGGAGAGAGGGCUGUCAAGUCUUUCUCUUAGAUGGCUGUUCAGCAUAGGGACAUUUCCGGUGAGACUGAGAACUACAGAUAAUGCUGGUGAAUGUGGCCAAUACUGCCCUGGUUUGCACAGCCAAUGCAAUUCCCCUUUUUUCUAUCUGCGUUAUAUGGCUCUUUGAUCUUAGAGUGGAGCUGACUUCAGAGACGGAUAUGAUGAAGUCUGAUGUUGAAGAAAACUGCAUAGGUAAGCUUAGUGAGACCACCCAGCUUCCUCUUUCCAUAAAGAAAUGAGCGCAGUAGUUCACACUCUGAAAAGGAGGCACUAGGGCCCUGAGUUAAGAAUCUUGUUUUUUUGUUUUUGACCACACGGGCUGUUACGCACUAAUUUCCUUUAAGACUUGCAAUGAAGUCAGUAAACCACAGCCUUCAGCAGGCGCUCUCCAUGCUGGUGCUUUCCGUUAUGAUAUGCACUUGACAUGUCCAUCCUCCGCUUGGCCGGACCAGUCUCUCCCUGUCACACAACAUGGACCAAAGAGAGAUUCUGCUGCAAAACCUGGACAGGGCCCAAAGCAGGAAACUUAACAGAGAGGAGUUUGCAAACGAGUUUUUGAAGCUGAAAAGGCAAUCAACAAAAUACAGAUCAGACAGAAUAUACCCCACUGCAGCGUCUGAGCAACCAGAAAACAUCAAGAAAAAUCGAUACAAGGACAUCUUACCCUUUGAUCACAGCAGAGUGGAGCUCUCCCUCAUCACAUCAGAUAAAGAUUCUCAUUACAUAAAUGCCAACUUCAUCAAGGGGGUAUAUGGGCCGAGGGCUUAUAUAGCUACCCAGGGUCCUCUCUCCACCACUGUUCUUGACUUCUGGAGGAUGAUUUGGGAAUAUGAAGUCCUGAUUGUGGUUAUGGCUUGCAUGGAGUUUGAAAUGGGGAAGAAAAAGUGUGAGCGGUACUGGGUUGAGGUGGGCAAUUCCCCACUCCAGUGUGGUCCUUUCACCAUCACUUGUGAACUGGAGGAAAAGAAAACUGAAUAUGUGAUUCGUACUCUAAAGGUGACACUGAACAAUGUAAUUCGCACUAUUUAUCAGUUCCAUUAUAAAAACUGGCCAGACCAUGAUGUACCCUCCUCCAUCAACCCCAUCCUUAAGCUUAUCUGGGAGAUGCGCUGCUACCAGGCAGGUGACAACAUCCCCAUCUGUAUUCACUGCAGUGCUGGUUGUGGGAGAACAGGAGUUAUUUGUGCCAUUGAUUAUACCUGGAAGCUGCUGAAGGAUGGGAUUGUUCCAGAGAACUUCAGUAUUUUUAGUCUGGUCCAGGAAAUGCGCACACAAAGGCCAUCAAUCGUGCAAACCAAGGAACAGUAUGAGUUGGUCUACGAUGCUGUGAUCGAACUCUUUAAAAGACAGAUUGAAGUGCUCUCUGUCCAGUCAGACUCUGCUGCCACAGAGAUUCAAACAAACCAUCCAAGAUUCCAGCCGCUUCUGAGCCCACUGGAAGAAACUUAUUCUCUGACACUACCGAGCUGUUCAGCACGAGGGGAACAGGAGCUACAUCAAAGUUCUGAUCAUAUGGUACAAGGGGAAAUAUCACUGACUGAUGCGUCGAGCUGUAGGCCCUCAACAGUACAUGACGACUAUGGGCACAGUGUUUCUCCCAUUAGACAAGCCCUUUCUUCUGGGGCCUUGAACUUCAGCAGCAGCAAGAAUGCAGGUGCCGCUGUGAAAUGGGACACUCUGCUGUCUGGGGAACCACUCCAGAAACAUCACAGCUUAGACUUGAGCAGCAGUUUUUCUGAGGAGCUUCCUCUGAACCUGAAAUCUACAGCUGCAUGUAGGGGAAACCCUAGUGUCAAGGUCCCAUUAAUACAAACCAAAUCAACUCCCUUUGAGUUACUGCAACAGAGAGACACCCAGGAACUGGAUAGAGGGGAUGCAGUACCCUCUUUGGACCCCUGGCUACCAAACUCCUGCAGUUCUGUGGGCUUUGAGGUUAAGAGGCAGACAGACUUUUCUUCUGUUGAACUGAACCAUUCAAGCAGACUGGCAGACGCUGCCCCGCGGCACAUGAGCAGUGGCCCACAUCCUUCCUCACAUUGUUGCUCGGCGGAAGAUCCUUACUUUUCUUCGCUCUCUUCAGAUGAUCCAGGAUCCCCGAUGUUUAUUGACUAUUUUUCAGAGCUGUAUGAAACAGUUUCUCUUUCUUUCCCUGCUGCAACUUCCACAAUCCAGCCCUUGGAUUCUACCAUAGCCAGUCCUCCAGUGACAACAUCUCUGUCCCAGCAUGUUCACCCAAUGGAUGGUAGGCAGGCAUCCUUGCAGAAAGCUUCUCCAGAUCCAGACGAUGAUGUUCCUCCCCCUCUGCCUGAGCGAACCCCAGAGUCCUUUAUUGUGGCCAAUGAAACUGGUCAACCUCCAUUGGCAACGUCAAACCACCAACCUGUACCAAGAAAUAUAAACAUUGGAACCUCUUCAGAAUGGAGUGGGGUGUCUCAGCCAAAGAUAUUUGAUGACUCAGUAAGACUGAGACCAAGUAAGGAUCCCAAAGCUCUCUACAAGAGCGCAUCUUCACUAGGAAAAAAGAGUGUGAAGCUCCGGAGCUCCAGAUCAGAGAAACAACGGGAUCGCUCUUCCUCCCCUCCUCCACUUCCUGAAAGAACCCCUGAGUCAUUCUUUCUUGCCAAUGAGGAGAGUCUGCAGCCUACUGUGAGGACUUCCACUAGCAACCCUGGGGACUCGGGAAAUAAAGCUUCUGAAGAGUCAUCAAAAGAGUCUGUAAAAUGCUUCAGGAGGAGUAAGAGCUUGAAAAUUUUACGUAACAUGAAAAAGAACAUCUGUAGCCCAUCUUCACUGGCAAAACCACCAGAAUCUGCCCAGUCAAACCACUCCAGCUCUUUCCUGAGCUUCGGCUUUACAAAUCGAUUUUCAAAACCUAAAGGACCAAGAAAUCCUCCACCAUCUUGGAAUAUUUAAUUCAACUUUACAGAUGCAUGUGGUUUGCAAUACUGCAGAUUUGCCAUAUCCCUCCAACAUGCUGCACGUGCUCUUCACAUUACAGAAUUGCUAUCAGAACAGUAGCACUAAAAAUGAUCUUCUCUGUAUAAAGUCUGGUUGUGACCAGAGAAUAGCAUACAAGCUCUCCUAAAUGGUUUUUGUAUAAAGAGGGAUGCACAAAUGCACAUAAGCUGCUUUACCCUUCCAGUUAAUGUAAACUAAAAACAUAUCUGGAUGCAAACUAAAAACAUUUCAGGGAAAAAUGUUUUCCUUAUAAAACUGUUUCUGAAAACAGGCUAAAAAUUUUUUGGAAAAUUUAUAUCCUUUUUUUACAGUUUAUUUAUUAUAUGACAACGGACCUGAUUCUCCUGUCACAGUAGUAAGUCCCAAUUAAGUCAAUCAAGUGACACCACUGCAAAAUGAUGGUCCAGAGCCUCCCAUCACUUAAGCACAUGCAUAACUUUACUCAUAUGUGUAGUCAUAAUUAAAGUUAUGCAUGUGCUUAAGUGUUUGUAGAGUCAGGGUCUAAGUGAGAAUCAGGCUCUCAGAUUUCAGAACUCAUCUAUUUUCUUAAUGAUUGUAUUAACAUUAUGAUUAUUUCCAUUUGAAUUAAUCAGAUAAUUUAUCUUUCUAAGUUUCCAUCCAAAGAGGAAGACUAAGAUGCUGACUGUUCAUUUAGGAACCAAACUUGCAUGUGUAAACACUGCAUAAUCUAUUGAAAAAAUUCCACAUCAAGCAAAAUUUAAGUGCAUGAUAGUUUGGGCUUUCAUGGUGCAAAUUUUAAUGUGUCUGUAACUUGCCUAAACAAUGCAACACAAAGUUCCAUGCUGACAGCUGGCACUUAAAUCCCCAACCUGAACACUUCCCCCCUAAAAUCGGAAAGCUUGUUUUCUUGCUAAUAUAUGGGGUCAGAUUAAUAUGUUUUGCUCUCUUCCAGAAAAAAAAGCUGAUUUUUGGAAACAAAUACUGCAGGUAUUUUUAGGGCCACAUAUGCAGUCUCUGGUCCACAGCAAAACCCAGUGAUGAAUAACAGAAUGUACAGAACUCAUUGACAUCAAGUUGCUUUGUGGAUCAAAUGCUGAGUAUACAGCCCUAAAAGUACCUGUAGCAUUUUUUUUUCAAAGUCAACUAUUUUCUAAUAUAGCAAAAAUUACUGAAACCGUAUGUCUAAUUUAUGAUCAACUCACUGUAUGUAUUCCCUAGUUAUCUCGAAAGUGCUAACGCCACUGAACUAAAUUGAAUCCCUUUGUUUUGCACCUUUUACACAGAGAAGAGCUUACUCUUUACCAGCUGAAAGGGUAUGCUACAACCACAGGCAGUUUGGAUGUAACUGGUUUCUGAUAAGGGAACUCCCAAGUACUGUGACUUGAUUGUCAUUUAAGCUGAUUCUAUGUUUGGGACAAGCAUGGAUGGGAGGAGAACAAAGAAGGCUGCAAGACUUCUUUGUGCUCUUCUAAUUUUGGGACAGCUGGGGCCUGCUUGACCCUCCUGUGUAAACUAGAGCAGCCUUAAGACAAUAUAAAAAAUGAUUCUGGUAUCAAAUCGGACAAAUUAAAUUGACAGCUAGCCUUUUAAUUUUAAAAAUAUUGACAAAGUAAUAACUAGAAGUAUGACAUAAAAUCUCAGUGGAGUAUUGAAUCGGUGAAGCAUUUUAUGAUGUGUAUGAAAGAUGCUAUACAAAAUAAAGUUUAUUUAUCCAGCA